UUUAAAUAAAACUUUUCAGGCAAACUUUUAAGGAAUUAUUGGAAUUUUCUUCCUGAAUGUUUUGCAAAUUUUCAGAAAUUUGGGGAUUUUUUUUUGCUGAAUGUUUGGAUUUUUUCAGACAAGGAAACAAUAUUUUUUGGUUCCUGUAAAUGAGGACAACAGGAGGGUUAAAGUAAAAUCAGGUGGAAACUGGAGACUGUUGGAGUUUGCUUUAUUUUCAGAGUGAAUCAGCGACUUUCAUCCGUCGAGACUCUGUAACGUCUGAAACUGUAAAAAGAGCCUCAGUCAGUCAUUUGUCAGGCUGCAUACCUAAGCAAAAUCCUGAGGCUCUUAUCUGCUCUGGGGCAGGAUUUCACCCUGUUCUUAUUCAAAUGAGCCCCUCCACGCGCUCACAGCCUCAGCAGCCAAUCAGCUGCUCUGUGGGCGGGGCUGCAGGCUAUAAGAAUCUCAGGUAGCGACAGGUGUACGGAGCAGACAGUUGCAGCUGCAGACAGUGAAGACAGACAUGGCAUCCUUCAUGCCGGAGCAGGGUCUGUCCCCCCUCCUGUGGGGAUGCUGCCUCCCCCAGCAGGAGCUUCCGUCUCUGGACCUCGACUUGUCUGACUUCAGCCUCUACACCCCACCGCCUCCUCCUGAGUCGCCAUGGCUACCGCCGACCAGCGACCAGAAUGGCUCCUUUCUCUGCAGCCCAGACCAGGGACCCCUCCCUGAGGCCACAGGGUGCCCUACAGGACUCCCUCCAGCAUUCAGAGGCUUCCUCCACCAUCUCUAUGGCCUCCACAGGCUCCCCGGUGGCUCCUGGUUCUCCCUGUCCUCCCCGGACGACGUCCUGAGUCUGGUCCGACCGCCGUACUCCUACUCCGCUCUCAUCGCCAUGGCGAUCCAGAGCGCCCCCGAUCAGCGGCUGACGCUCAGCCAGAUCUACCAGUACGUCUCCAACAACUUCCCCUUCUACAGCCGCAACAAGGCCGGCUGGCAGAAUUCCAUCCGCCACAACCUGUCGCUCAACGACUGUUUCCAGAAGGUUCCUCGCGACGAGACCGAUCCAGGUAAAGGAAACUACUGGACUCUGGACCCAAACUGUGAGAAGAUAUUCGACAACGGGAACUUCCGGCGCAAGAGGAAGAGGAAGGCCGACACCACCGACGCUAAUAAGAAACCUUCCACCUCCUUGUCUUUGCCUUCGGAGCCAAGUCCCAAACUUCCCAGCAUGCACUGUAGCAGUGAUGGCGACACUUCUCUCUCAGACGCCACCUCUGACCUCAGCAGCUUCCUGUGUCACCUCCUUCCUCCUCCUUCCUCCUCGUUCAUGCAGGUACCAGACCAGGCCUCCCCACCUCCACCUCCUCAAGGACCCGUAUACUCUUAUUCACCUGGCGCCGUGGUGCCACAGUGGGACACCUGCAGCUCCUCUCCUCCCAGCAAAUCCUUCCCGUCCUCCCAGUCGACUCCCCCACACUUCCCCUCUGUCGCUGACCCUCAGACCGGCCCAUUCCCGCUGUAUGUUGAGCUACAGACAGCGUCUUGUCCUCCGCCGGAGCUCCAGGAGGCCCAGCAGCUGCAGCAGGCCCAGUGUGAGCCCCUCUUCUCUGGGGGCUUCAACAACGCUCUGCCCCUCGACUGUCUGGUUCUCCAGCAGUAAAACAGACUCAUGCUGAAAUAUAAUACUGAAUUUUGAUGGAUUCAGCCAAGGUCACUUGUAAAACUGUGCAAAUGUUAUAUAUCUUUGUAAAGAUAUUUUCCUACAUUUAAAAUAAGGAGGGUGAUUUUUUACUUCUUUUUAAUAUAAUGUAAAUAUGAAUUCAAUGUUUGUUUGGAAUUAAAAAAGAAAGAAAAAACAGUGAAUUGAGAUUUUUCCACCAUUUUCCCAGAUUUCCUCAUCAAA